AUGAGUUUAGUAAGAAAUUCUUGUUAGUUUGUGAGUGAUAAUUCAAAACAUGUUAAAAUUAAUAAGGAGGAAUUACAAAAAUAAGUCAAUGAAUGGUACAUUAAUAAUAAACAUAAAUACAAAGAAUUUGAUGAAUAUGAAUGUCAUCUAGGUGGUGAUGAGGAAUAAAUAGUUGAUUUUUUAUUUAUAUUGGAUUCAUUAAACUUUUGUUUUUGGCCAUAAAAAGAUUAUGAAUACGAAAACUUAUCAUCUGCAAUAAAAGAAUGUUUUUAAAAAUGUCCUUAAUAAUUUAAAGCAGAAUCUAUAUUGAAAAUGACAUUUGAAGAAUUUCAAUAAUUAUUAUUCCCUAAUUUUCCUAAUUUCCCAUUAAUCACAGAGAGAUUUAGAUUAUUAUAACAUGCUUCAGAAGUAUUGGUGACAUUUUUUGAAGGGGAAUUUGUUAAUGUAAUUAAAGCUGCUAAAAAUUCUGCAGCUAAAUUACUUAAUAUAUUAACAACCUAAUUUCUUGGAUUUUAGGAUCAUGCAAUAUAUUAAGGUAGAUAAACUUUUUUUUAUAAAAGAUCAUAAAUCUUAAUAGGAGAUAUUUAUGCUGCAUUAAAAGGGUAAGGAUUAGGUAAAUUUAAUGAUAUUGAAAUUUUAACAAUGUUUCCAGAUUAUAGAGUACCAUAAAUCUUAAAUUAAUUAAAUGUUUUACAAUAUGAUGAAGAACUAUAAAAUAUGAUUAAAAAUGAAAUUGAAAUAACUCAUGGAUCAGAAUAUGAAAUUGAAAUUAGAGCUAAUAGUGUAAUAGCAGUAGAAUUAAUAAAGGAGGAAUUUAAGAAAUUAGGAUAAAAAUUAAAUAGUAUAGAAGUGGAUUGGAUGUUAUGGUAAAUGGGUGAAGAAUUAAGAUUUGACAUAGUACCACAUCAUAGAACCUUGUCUAUAUAUUAUUGAUUUUAUAAAGCAAGU